AUGCCAAUACCUCUUAAAAAUGUACUUGAUGAGGCAGUGAAGAUUAUAAAUUUCGUAAAAUCUCGACCAUUGAGCACAAGACUGUUCACAAUUUUGUGUGAAGAUAUGGGAACAUUUAGUAGUCAUCAGUCCCCUUUUAUAAAUGGAUAUAAAGAUUUAAAACACAUUCACAUAGCUGUUAAAAAACAUGAAGAGAGUCGUUCACAUAACUUUGCUGUUCAAAAUUAUAUUCAAGCCUCAUCUGAACAAUGCAUUAUGUUAACUUCUGAAUUAAAAUGUACAAAAUUAAAUGAUUUGGAUAAUAGUUUUCCUGUUUACCAUACAAGCAUUUCUAAUGGAAGUGUAUUUAUAAAAAUCCGGUCUGAGCGGCGUGGUGAUCGGCACUGUUUUUGCGUGAACUCGGCAGCAGCGAGGUUGACACGGACGUUUGGAAACAACGAUUACGCUCUGAACAGCGAAUUGGACGACUCCGGUUGGUACCUGGAUCCGGUCGCUUGCUAUUUCCUGGGGACCACGUUCGGUGGCCUGAUCCUGGGUCCGGUGACGAGGAAUAUCGGUUACAGAUGGUCGGUAAUUGGUUGCGACAUGGUCGUGUUCGUCGGCUGGCUGCUGUUGUCGCAGGUGAACUUGGUGCCCGUCUGGGCCAUCCGGCUCACGCACGGCCUAGGCACCGGAGGCCUGAGGUUUCUCAUACCCACGUACAUCGCACACAUCGCCGACUUCCGCAUCCGGGGUCGGGUACUGGUGCUCCACCACGCGUUCGUGUGUUUCGGCGUGUUCUACGCACACGCGUUCAGCGCCAUCGUCACGAACGCCCAGCUGACAGGCGUGUGCAUGGUGUGGUCGGCCCUGCACAUCCUCAUCUCGGUCUUCAUGCCGGAGUCGCCGUUGUACGUGUACAAAUGCCACAGCGACUCCGAGCACGCGAAAACGGCUAUGCGUCGAGUCAAAGGCGAAGACUACUGCGUAGACCAAGACUACAUGGCGCUCGAGAAGCCGCCUGACACGCAGGAUCGUCGACAUCGGCGCAAGACUCGUGGUGCUGCAGCAGACUUGCGGCGCGAGUGCGACGAUGUUUCACGCCAAAUCGGUGAUCGGCGGAUUCGGUUUGACCACAGAAAUCGCUGGCUACACGCGUGUCUUAAUUGUCGCACUCAGACAAUGUAUCAAGAGCAAUAUGUUUCAGAAGAUGAUGAUAAUAAUAAAGAAUCAAUUAAUGAAUUUUCUGAUAUAUUAGAAGAUAAUACUCUUGAAUUAAUUGGUAAUGAUUUCUACCAGGAGAAGAAGUGUUCUUUAAGUAUCGAUCAUGAUCCGAAAAAUUGCUUAAACUGUGUGUACAAAGUAUUAUAUUCAUUAAAUUUACAUGUUUCAUCUUAUAGUUAUCUCUGUGAAGCUUAUGAAUUUUUCUUAACUUUAUCUGUAACACAAGUGAAUUGUGAAGUGAACGGACAUUCAAUGUUAGAAGAUGUAGAAGUAUCCGAUAUUAUUAAUUACCUUAAAAGUACAUCAACUUUAAUGCUAAAUAUGUUUACAUAA